AUGGCUGCGAUUUUGAAAAGUUAUAAUAAAUUUGUUUUGCGCUAUCCGCUCAUAGCAAUGAGUUUAACGACAGGAACAACGAUGGGAUUGGGAAAUGUGAUUUCGCAAACGGCUAUAGAGAAACGAACUUUGAAAACUGUCGAUUGGGCUCGUGUAUCUCGUUUUGCUGCUUUUGGUUACCUAUUCUCAGGGCCUUUUCUUCGAUAUUGGUAUUAUGGAUUAGAUAAAUAUUUCGCUGGUGCCAAAUUGAAACCGGUGAAAAUGAUGAUCACUGAUCAGAUCAUUGCUGCACCAUUGCUGAAUAGUGUAGUUCUUCUUUAUCUUCCAUUGUCAAGUGGAAAAUCGAUGACCGAAGCCAAAAAACGUUUUCGUGAAGACUUUCCAACCGUGAUGAAAGCAAAUUACUCAGCAUGGCCAGUGAUCCAAUUAACGAACUUCUAUUUCAUCCCGAUACAACAUCGGGUAUUAUUUGUGAAUAUCUGUUCAUUAGUUUGGUCAACAUUUCUAGCGUUUGUAACGAAAUGA